AUGGCUGCGACGCGUCGCCAGCAGCCGCCGUUGCAGAUUUUCCAGGACCCCGUCACCUCGUUCGACCAUCAUGAAGUCGCCGAAGCCGAAGCCGCCCUCCUCUCCGCCCUAGGUCCCGUUACCGACGUCUCGUCAAGCCACCACACCCUCCUCAACCCUUCCCACGGCGAGGGCAGCGCACAUUCGCCGCGCAAAUCCCCGGCGCAGUCCAGCUCGCCGGCCCCGCACGCUCUGGCUGAGAGCAACAUUAACUCCAUCUCCAUCCCUCCUCCUCGCCACAAUGACUUCACCACCGACUCACCUCUCAAGAGGAAGGCAUCCCAACCACUUCUCCGCGCCUCCAAGUCGCAGAACGCCCUCUUCACCACCUUCCACUCGGCCGGCGCUACCGACAAGGAGAACGACUACGGCGCCAUCUACGGGACCGGCUUCCCCCAAUACUCGGACCCUGUCUACCAGAAGAACCAGGCAAAGCGCCAGCUCAUGGACGCCGCACCUCUGCGCGACCGCAACGCAAAAAAGUCGUCGAAGCCCCAGGAUGACGACCAGAAGCCUCUCCCAGCACCCAGCGAGAUGCCGCCUAUCGACGACGACGGCACCAAGCCGGCGUACAGCUACGCCACCCUCAUUGGCAUGGCAAUCUUGCGCGCGCCGCAGAGGCGUCUCACUCUGGCGCAGAUCUACAAGUGGAUAUCUGAGACAUUCAGUUAUUACCGCGCCGGCGAGACUGGCUGGCAAAACAGCAUCCGGCACAACCUCAGCCUCAACAAAGCCUUCAUCAAGCAGGAGCGCCCCAAGGACGACCCUGGCAAGGGCAACUACUGGGCCAUCGAGCCCGGCCUCGAGCGCCAGUUCAUGAAGGAGAAACCCCGUCGCAUGACGAACCCGGGCGACCCUAGCUUCCUGCAGUCUUAUCACAGCGAUAUUCUGAGACCGUCAACAGCACCGUCGUCGCGGCAACCCGCAGUGUCAGCGUUCCCGCUCCAGUCGACUCCUAUUGGCGAGAGCAUCGACUCGAGCAAAUUCCCCGAUGAGACUGAGCUGUCAUCUGAUGCAACUAUCCCUGCCUCGGACCCGGGGAUUCACGACGGACAGGACGCUGGCAAUGAAAACGAUAUGCCGCCGCCUUCGUCGCACGCCCUGCGUUCUUCACCGCCGCCCCCGGCUGAGAUCCACUCUUCGCCCCCGCCACCGGUGUCUCGGUCGCAGCACGAGGGGACCCCUCCGCGCGCACCACGCUUGUCGUCCACGAGCCGUUCCGGCGGUCGGAAGCGCAAGUUCUCCACUCUUGGCGACAGCGGGUACUACUCGUCCAUCGAGUCGUCGGCCGUGAAGGGUCACCACGCCCUGGGCACCAUUCCCACAUCGGAAGCGGAUCUUGACCGGCCAGCGCACAAGCGCGGUCGCGCCGAGGAAGAAAUCGCGCGGAUACGUGGGUCAUCGUACGACAGUCCCACGAAGAACCGUCCUCUCCUGAAGCCGUCUGGCAACGAGUACCCGUCGUCGUCACCCUUCCGUCCCUUCGACAAGACAAGCGUUGAGCUGACGGCGCCGCUCACUCCUGCCAUUGUCUUCAAGAAGCCUGCUAAGCCUCCCGCAUCCAUCUCGCCCAACACAAACCUUCGUGCCCACCGCAACCGUGUCCGCGAGCUCAUUGGGUCUCCGGACAAGACGCUUGGUUUGCUUGCUGAUGUGAACCCCUGGAGCCCCGCUUUCCAACUGCCUGAUGAGGAGAAUUUCAACCUCCUGGAAGACCACUUCAACGAGAACUUUGACGUGUUCAAUGACAGCCCCCUGCAGCAACCUCGUUCGUCGCGCGGUUCGCCUGAGAAGCGAUCCAUCAAGCGACCUUCCAGUGCCCGUGCUAUGACCUCUUCAAGCAUCCUCGCUGACAUUACGGGCUCGCGCGCCAACAUCGCGACGCCCGAGUCAUCGAAGCAAUGGCUCAAGCCGCCGUCACACAAGAAGAGUCUGUCUGACUUCUUCGCUGGAAGGACGUCAGCAGCUCCCAGCCCCCUCAAGACUCCUGGCGCAUCAAAGGCCGACGACCUUUUUGGCAUCGACCUUUACUCUGAUGACGGCGAGGAGCCUGGCUUGGGCUUUGACAUCCUCCAGGGCUUUCAGAAGAUCGGCUCUCGCCAGCCGCUGCUCGAGAGCCCGACCAAAAGGUCUAAGCCUGGCUUCGGCCGAAGCCACACCACCCUGCUCUGA